UUUUCACUUUUGUUGUGGCCCCGAAUGGCAUUUAAGGCAUUCCGGUGUAGACAGCAGACCAGAAAACAAGUACACGCAGUUCCGCGACUACGCAGCACACCCACAAUCUCGCAGCCCAUCGAUAUGUUCGACUUCAAUUUGGAAUUUGCUCGUGGCGGCGCUCGCUUUACCACGGAACUCUUCCAGCUCCUGAGCGCUGGUGGCCUCAAGGAGAACGUGGUCUUCUCACCCUUCUCCAUCCAGACCUGCAUCGCCUUGGCCUUUGCCGGAUCGCAGGGCGAAACUGCCGACGAGAUUGCCACUGCCCUGCACUUUGUGUCCAACUUUCCGCCCGAGGUGGCUCAGACCUUCCAGUUUGUCCUGGAGAAGUAUCGCAAUAGCAACCUGUUGAGGGUGGCAAACAAGCUGUACGUCCAGGAGGGCAAGCAGCUGAAAGCCGACUACCAGGCGGCCAUCAAGGAGCAGUAUCAUUCGGAGGCGGAGUCCAUCAACUUUGCCCUCAGCGAUGCCGCUGCCCAGGCCAUCAAUGCCUGGGUGAAUGCCAAGACGCAGGGCAAGAUCACGGAGCUGGUCAGUGCGGACUCCUUCACGGACAACACCCGACUGGUGCUGCUCAAUGCCCUCCACUUCAAGGGCAGUUGGGCGCACAAGUUCAGCGAGGAGCGCACCGAGGAGGACGACUUCUGGGUGGGCGAGGAGGAGCAGGUUAAGGUCAGCUACAUGAACCAGAAGGCCAAGUUCAACUAUGGCUACUUCGAGGACCUGGGCUGCACUGCCCUCGAGAUGCCCUACCAGGACUCGGAUCUCUCCAUGUUUGUGCUGCUGCCGCAGGAGCGAACGGGCCUGUUCGCCCUGGCCGAGAAGCUCAAGACUGUCAAUCUGGUGGAUCUGGCCGACAAGUUGACCGUGGAGGAGGUUCACGUGAAGUUCCCCAAGUUCAAGGUGGACUACUCUCUGGAAUUGGCCGAGAAGCUGAAGCAGCUGGGCAUCACAAAAAUGUUCACCGACGAAGCCGAGUUCAACAAUCUGCUGGAGUCUCCUGAGGGCAUUUUUGUCUCGAAGGUGCUGCACAAGGCCACUAUUGAGGUGAACGAGGAGGGCACAGAGGCGGCGGCUGCCACUGGCAUGAUCAUGAUGACCCGCAUGAUGACCUUCCCCCUGCAAUUCCAGGCGGAUAGGCCCUUCCUCUACGUCAUUUGGAACAAGAAGAACAUCCUAUUCGCUGGAGCCUUCGUUAAUGCGGCUUAAAAGCUCAACUCUCACUCUUUUUGUAUUGUUUUUAUUGAAAAGUAUUUUUUAAAUAAAUAAGCGUUCCAUGUCAUAAAAG